AUGAGAAUAAGGUUGCUGAGUUGUUUAUUCAACUUUUCUUCACUUUUGGUAAUUAUAUUUCAAGCAAAAUUCUUCAGGUAAAAAAGAAAAAAGAUAUAAAAAUUACUUAUAGGCAAAUAACAAGGCGUUAACCAAGAUGUGAACUUUAAGGAAGAUAACGAGUAAGGAGAAUAAAGUAGAAAGUCAAAAUAAUGAUCAUUUUGUCUUGAAAGUUUUAAAAAUAAAUAAGGUUUAUAGGUUGAUAUGACAAGAAAGCUCAGGUAAGACAGACAAAUAUAAUUAGGGGAGGUAUAAAUAUCUCCAUAGGUCUUUCAGGAUUAUCCCUAGAGAAAAUUAAAAGAUUAUCAUGACUUGUAUGCUCUUGUAUUUAAGAAUUAUCCAAAAAAAAUGAUUUGUUGUGACAGUUCUUUUUAUAAAUAAACCAUUGCUGAAUUAAGCGACUUAUAAAUAACUGAACAAAACAAUUAAAAUAAUUUAAUAGAAUAAAAAGGAAAUUUAGAUUAUCUUAUAUUUAAAUUAACUCUAGAGGAAUAAAUGAUUGGCAUGGAAAGAAUAGAUUUAGAAUUAAUAGAAAAGGAAUUUGGAGAAUUAUUUAUAGAAGAAACUGAUCUCUUAACUCUUACUGGAAGAAUUAUCAAAAUUAUAAAUGACUUUUCAAUAGAUUUUUCAUUAAAUAUAAUCAAGAAUGAGAAUCUUAAUCAAAAUUAAUUGAAUUUUGAGAGAGAAAAGUAUGAGAUGUUAUUGUAAUAAUUAAGAAAAAUUAACUACUACUAAGAUAAUUGUGAAGUAGUAGAAUAACUUAAAUUACUAAUCAGCAAGAUCUAAAUCGUUGUAAAUUUAUUGAAAGCUUCUACUAACCAAGACCUAGAAGUUUUUCAAAUGCCAAUCAUUGAAAGAGUAAAUAAUUUAAAAGAAAAGUUUGAUGAAUUUAAAACGAAAUAUGAUAAUAAGGAAAACAGAGAUGAUUAGAAUACUGGGCAACUUCAUUCAGUAAAUAAUCAAAUAAAUGUCCAAAAUAGAUUUGGCACAAAUUUAUCAAUAAUUAUUAAUAUUCUAUAAUUAUUGUUAAUAAAAACAAGAUUAGACAAGCAAAAGUUGGCAUAAUUUCUUUUGAAUGUUAAACAUUUUACUAAUAACCUUAAAAUUAUAUAAGAGUGUUAUUUGUAGAUGAGGAAAAGUUAUACAAAUUGUUUUUAAAAACAUGUAAACCACUUUAUGGAAUCACAAUUCAUAAAUUCUGAUUUAUAAUAAUUGGAAAAAGAAUCAAAUUAAGAAUACUUUUCAAGAAUAUCAAACAGCAUAUUGAAUAGUGAAAAAUAAACAGAAAAAAAUAAUAGUUUGUCAGUAAAUAUUAUUCUUUUUCUCAAGAAGUUAAUGGUUGAAACAAAAGAAAAGUUAACAAUAUCUAAGUGGGAAUUCUAGGAAAUUUAAUUUAAUCAAGAUUAUUUAGUUCAAUUAACUAACAAAAUAUACCUACAAGAAAACGAUGAGGAAUAUGAAGUCAAAUCAAAUCAAUAGGAUUAAUUCUCUAUUGAUUAAUAAAAAAAUGAUGAAUGGAAAAUUAAAUAGGGUUUAGUAUUAACCAUAAUAUAGAUUUCAUUAAAUUGCUUUACAGAAAUAAUUACUCAAUUUUGUUAAAAAACUCUCAUUUAAUUAUGGGUUUUAGAAAAAGACUAAAGAGUUAGAAAUUUAUUGAAAAAUAAACACUUAAUAAGUUUAUAGAUGUAAAGUUUGUAGAAAGAUUGGUAGACUUAACAUGAUAGAAUUGCAGGAGAGAUGUAAAAAAUGCUGAAGAGGAUUGAUGAAUUGUAAGAAUAAAUUACCCAGGAGGCAAAUCUUAACAAAAGAGAGCUAUAAUUGAAAGAAAUGGAUGAAACAACUCAGCAAUUAGAUGAAUACAUUUAAAAUAUCAGCGAAAUGGGUUAAUAACUCAGAUUGGUAACUGAUUUUGUAAAUCAUAUAAGAAAAGGUUUGUUAAGAGUUGAGGGAAAAAUAAAUCAAAUAAAAGAGCAGCUCAACAACAUGGGGAAUGAUAUCAAAUUUUUAAGAGAAAAAUCGGUUAUAUAGUUGCUUGAAAUUAGAAAAUGGAAAGUGUUGAAGGAGGCAGCAGAAAAAAAUGUUAAGUCCAUCUAUAUACCAUUAAAAACUUAAGAGAGAGGUAAAAAUGAGAUCAGUAAUUUGAUGAAUUUAGAUUAAUUUGAUGAUAAAGAUGGAGAAGUGAAUGAGUUUUUGUCUGAAGAGAAAACAGUAUUGCUAAUUCAUGGAUUAGCUGGAUCCGGCAAAAGUACUACAGCCAAAAAAAUUGAAGAAUUUAUUUGGAAAUUACAUGAUAGUAAUAAAAAAAUUGGGAAUUAUGUACUAAUACCUGUUUAUAUUUCAUUAUCCUCUUUAAAAACCCUGUGUUUUAAGCAGUAGAAGAAUCACUUCAUUAAGAUGAUUACGGGUUUGAUGAUCUUUAAUUGAAAGAAUGUAAAGAAAUGUUGUAAAUGAAAGAAUUCCGAUUCAUAUUAAUAAUGGACAGUUAUGAUGAAAUGAAGCUAGAGAAUAUUUAGAAAAAUUUAUACUUUAAUAAUAAGCUCAAAUAAAAUUGGUCAGACCCUCUUGUUAUAUUUACCACCAGAAGUGACAUUUUUACUAGUAGCAAUUAUGCCGACUGGUUUGCGCCUGAAAAAAAUAGAAAUUUAAAGAAAUCUAGCUUCUUCAAUUUGAAUAAUGUUAAAAAUAAGAAUAUCUUAAGAAAUUUACAAUUUAAAGUAUUAAAAUGUUAAUUUUUGAUAUUCAUGAAUGGUAAGUAUAAACUUAAAACCAAAAAGCUCUGGAUUUUAAAAAGUUUGAAUAGAGUUGGGAAAAGAUUUAGACAUCAUUUUUGA